UCCACGUACUGAUAAGUGGCGUGCAUGUCAGUUUCCAUGGUGACCAGUCAUCCGCGCUUUGAUCGAACGAGCCGAGCGCCAGUAGGCGGGAUUAAUCCAGUCAAUCCAAGAUGGCGGCUGCCUUCAAUGAAAGAAUGGGGCUGCUGUUUGGGAUUUGCAUCUCUUUGCUUUUAGGCACCGCUUGGGCUGUGGAUCGGGGAAACUUCAAAACCUGCGAUCAGAGUGCAUUCUGCAAGCGUCAGAGGGCAGUGAAGCCUGGGCAGUCUCCAUACCGAGCUUUACUGGACACUCUGGAGCUCAGUGACUCCAGACUCACUCUACAACUCAUCAAUGACAACAACAAGGUGCACUUGCUGUUGGAGCUCUAUAGGCUCCAGGGGAACAUCACUCGGGUAAAAAUAAAUGAGCUGAAACCCCUGAAGCCUCGAUUUGAGGUGCCAGAUGUGCUGGUAGGGGAGCCACCCACUGAGCCUCUCUCAGUGCUGUCUAAGGAUGAUAAUGGUGUGGUUUUGUCUCUGGGAGCGGAGAGCCAGAGGUUGAUAGUUAGUGCUCGCCCCUUCAGGCUGGAUAUCAUGGAGGGGCCUGAAGUGCUGCUGUCACUGAACUCUCGUGGCCUGCUCGUUUUUGAGCACCUAAGGCUGCGGAAAGACACUCAGACAGACCCAGACAAUGCAGAAGUGAAAGAUAAUGUUGAUGGAGCUGAGGAGCAGGACAAUGAAGAAAAGGCAGAAGAUGGAGGGAAAGAUAAAGAAGAAAAAGAUGAUGGCUUGUGGGAGGAGACGUUCAAGUCGCACACAGACAGUAAACCCAAUGGGCCAGCGUCGAUUAGUUUAGACUUCUCUUUGCCUGGAGUAGAACAUGUAUACGGCAUACCAGAGCAUGCAGACAACCUUAAACUCAAAACCACAGAUGGGGGAGACCCGUACAGGCUGUACAAUCUGGAUGUGUUCCAGUAUGAGCUCUAUAACCCCAUGGCCUUAUACGGAUCCGUGCCAGUGAUGCUGGCCCAUAAUGCUCAGAGGACCAUGGGGAUCUUUUGGUUAAAUGCUGCUGAGACCUGGGUGGACAUCAGCUCCAAUACCGCCGGCAAAACUGUGUUUGGGAAGAUGCUAGACUUUGUUCAGGGCUCCAGUGAGACUCCUCAGACUGACGUGCGCUGGAUCUCUGAGAGUGGCAUCAUUGACGUCUUUAUCAUGCUUGGACCCACACCAUCUGAUGUCUUCACACAAUAUGCCUCACUUACAGGCACCCAGGCCUUCCCUCCUCUGGCUGCGCUGGCCUACCACCAGUGUCGCUGGAACUACAAUGAUCAGGAUGAUGUGAAGGCAGUUGAUCAGGGCUUUGACGAACAUGACAUUCCAUAUGACUUCAUCUGGCUGGACAUCGAGCACACAGAUGGCAAGCGCUACUUCACCUGGGACCCUCACAAGUUCCCGCAGCCCAAAGAGAUGCUGCAGAACAUCAUGGACAAGAAACGCAAGAUGGUGGCCAUCGUAGACCCUCAUAUUAAAGUGGACAGCGACUACAAGAUCCAUAAUGAGUUAAUUGCUAAAAACUUCUACGUCAAAAACAAAGAUGGCAGAGACUACGAGGGCUGGUGCUGGCCAGGUAACUCUGGUUAUCCAGACUUCACUAAACCAGAGAUGAGAGCCUGGUGGUCCAGUAUGUUUGCAUUUGAUCAGUAUGAGGGUGCGAUGGAGAACCUCUACACGUGGAAUGAUAUGAACGAGCCGUCUGUGUUCAAUGGCCCAGAGGUCACCAUGUAUAAAGACGCAGUACAUGGCAACUGGGAACACCGAGAUCUCCACAACCUCUACGGCUCCUAUGUGCAAAUGGCCACCAUGGACGGUCUGAUCCAGAGAUCUGGAGGAACAGAGAGGCCUUUUGUUCUUACUAGAGCCUUCUUCGCUGGCUCACAGAGAUAUGGGGCUGUGUGGACUGGAGAUAAUGCAGCCGAGUGGGACCACCUGAAGAUCUCAAUCCCCAUGUGCCUGAGUCUUGGGCUGGUGGGCAUCUCAUUCUGUGGAGCUGAUGUUGGUGGCUUUUUUAAGACCCCCAGUACUGAGCUGCUGGUGCGUUGGUACCAGACCGGAGCCUACCAGCCGUUCUUCCGUGCACAUGCCCACCUGGACACUCCUCGUCGCGAGCCUUGGCUCUUUGGACCCGAGAACGCUGCUCUCAUCCGAGAUGCUGUUCGUCAGCGCUAUGCUCUCCUGCCUUACUGGUACCAGCAGUUCUACCAUGCAUACAGGACCGGCCAGCCUGUCAUGAGGCCUCUGUGGGUUGAGUAUCCAAAAGACGCAGCUACUUUCACUAUUGAUGACGAGUUUCUGAUUGGUCGAGAUUUGUUGGUCCACCCUGUCACUGAGGAGGGGGCACGAGGAGUCACAGCCUACCUGCCUGGAUCUGGGGAGGUUUGGUAUGAUGUCAACACAUUCCAGAAACACAGCAGUGCUCAGAAUCUCUACAUUCCAGUCACCAUGAGCUCUAUCCCAGUGUUCCAGCGUGGCGGCUCCAUCAUUCCUAAGAAGGUCAGAGUUCGUCGGUCAUCUGUGUGCAUGGAGAACGACCCCUACACCUUGUAUGUGGCCCUCAGUCCACAGAGAGUUGCUGAAGGUGAGCUCUACAUAGACGAUGGCCACACCUUUGGUUUCCAAACAAAGAAAGAAUUUGUCCACCGCAGGCUUACCUACUCCAACAAUGCCCUGAAAUCCAAAAACUUGUGUCUGGAUUGCAAGUUCAGAACCAAAUCUUGGAUUGAAAAGAUUUUCAUAUUGGGAGCCAGUAAGCCCAACAAGGUUACUCUUCAAAUGAAUGGCCAAAACACCGUUGUGGAGUUUGAGUUUGAUACCUCCAUGUCUGUGUUAACCCUGCGCAAGCCGGGCAUGAACGCUGCAGCAGACUGGACCAUCCUGCUGCAGUAAUACACUGGAGGAGCACGGGAGCCUGGGUGCAGGAUCCAAUCCAUGUGACCAAGACGGGGUGGUUCACUGAAACUGACCAACAGAUACAAGACUACUCAGAAAAAUACAAUCAUGUUUGUUAUUAACUCCUACACUGUGUUCACACACACACAUACACAUCUACACACAUACACAAUCAGGGAAAGGGGUGAAUUGUGAUUUAGUAGGAGGGUAUUUCAGAUUAGUUUUGGGGGCGGAGUGGGACGGUAGAUAGUUCUGGUUUUAAAUAUUGUAAGCCCAAUGUCCGAAAAUCAAGUAACAUAAACUGUUUUCCUGUAGUAGAUGAUAUAGUCAGCCUGUUCUCAUAUGCCUGUAAUUAAAAGGAGUGGAGAGCAUGUUGGAUGUACUUGACUUAUUCCAAUUAUUUCAGUUCGGUUUAAGAUAGAAGACUUGUUUUGCUAAUUUUCAUUGAUUUUAUAUAGUAGAUUAAUGGCUGAAAGGUGGGCAGCACUUGAUAAACUUGGAAUUAUGUUUCAGGGAAUUAAACCACUGACUUAGUGGAAGUGUUUCCAGUUUCAUUUUACCUUUUGUUGUUGAAUUUUUUUCUAAGGUUUUUUUUUUCUUGUAGUACUUUGUUUUCCAGAGCACUUGAAUACUUCUGAGGGUGAUUAGAUAUGUUUAAUGAAACAAACAUUAAUGCAAAGUUUACAAUUUAUGCAACAAAGGUUGCCAUAUAAUGAUAGUAAUGUGACCAUUAUUGAGGACAUGCUGAUAAUAUCUUUAGUUGCAUCAUGUGCAAUCAAGUGAUUUAUUUUUUUUCUAUUUCUUGGAAAUUCCUGCCAUGUCUGCUGAGAGAAGUACAUUAAGAUAUGCCUCGGUUGCUUUUGUGAGGACAACAAAGCUAUCUUUCCCUUCACAAACAUAUAGUGUAAUAAAAGCUUAUGAGAGACCUCCAAAAAUGUGGUAUUUUUGUCAUGGUAACUCUUACAGGCUGUGAUUUAAUGACAUCUUGAUGAUGACUUGUUCAGGCAAGACAGUAAUAAUAAUUAAAAAAUAAAUAAAUAAUGUU